AUGAGUCCAUCUAUAUCAUCAUUCCAUUCCUUUCAUGUACAACAAGUAUGUUUUGCAUUCGUUAUAUUGCUGCAUGUUAUAACACCCACACCCCUCAUUGCUACUGCUAUUAAGAGCACUGGUGGAAACGAGACGGAUCGGCUUGCCCUGCUAGCCUUCAAGCAAAAGAUCAUGUAUGACCCUCAAGGUGUUGUGAGCUCCUGGAAUGAUUCUUUCCAUUUCUGCGAGUGGGAUGGUGUUACAUGCGGUCGCCUGCACAGUAGAGUCACCGUCAUAGAUGUAGGAUCCAGAGGCUUAGUGGGCACCUUGUCUCCUUACGUGGGGAAUCUCAGCUUCCUUCGGGGCUUGAGACUCUACAACAAUACCUUUAAAGGUGAAAUCCCUCCCGAACUUGGUCGUCUUUUCAGGCUUCGAGAACUGAGAUUGGGCAAUAACAGCUUUGAAGGAGGAAUUCCUGCCACCCUCUCACGUUGCUUUGAACUCAAACACAUUGGCGUUGCCUAUAAUAAUCUAAUUGGAAAAAUUCCAACAGAGCUUAGUUCCUUGUCAAAGCUUACAUAUCUUGCGGUUCAUGUCAACAAUCUUACAGGAGAGCUCUCAUCCUUCAUCGGGAAUCUUUCAUCUCUGAAAACUUUGUCUGCAUCUUGCAAUCUUUUGGAGGGAGCUAUUCCAGAUGCCUUAGGCCAACUGAGAAACUUGACAGAACUUGGAUUGGGUGAGAAUAGCCUAUCUGGUAUGGUCCCUUUUUCCAUUUAUAAUCUUUCCACCUUAACGGUGCUCUCGUUGUCUGAUAAUCAGCUUCAUGGUAGUCUUCAACCAGGCAUAGGUAUGAUGCUUCCCCAUCUUCAAAUCUUUGAAAUCAGUCGUAACUUUUUUACUGGAGUGCUCCCCCUCUCAAUAUCCAAUUUAUCGGAAUUGAUAACCCUUCAAGUGGGAUUCAACAAUUUCACUGGAAAAAUAACAAUCAAUUUUGGAGGCCUAAAGAAUAUUCGGCGUAUAUUGUUGUAUUACAAUAAGUUGGGAAGUGGGGAACCUGAUGAAAUGAAUUUCAUGAGUUCUCUGGUCAACUGUAGCAAUUUGGAAUAUUUGGAGCUAACAGCCAACCUAUUGAGAGGGAUUCUACCAAAUUCUAUUGGCAAUCUCUCGUCCAAACUCGUUGUUUUGUUAGUUGACCAAAAUUUUUUGUUUGGAACUCUUCCUUCCACAAUAUGUAACCUUGAAAACUUACGUACUUUAUGGUUGUAUUAUAAUACAUUCAGAGGUAUAAUUCCUACUGCUAUUGGCAAUCUCAAGAAGUUACAAAGACUGGCUCUUAACACAAAUGAUUUUUCUGGAAAAAUUCCAAACUCCAUAGGAAACUUGUCAUUGUUACUUGGACUUUACUUGGGGAAUAAUAGAUUAGAGGGGACUAUACCCUCGAGUCUAGGAAAUUGCCAAAAACUGUUGACUAUAGAACUUUUCGAAAACAAUCUUAGUGGAACAAUACCCAUACAAAUUUUUCGACUUUCAUCUCUAUCCAUUGAACUAAGCCUAUCACAGAAUCAUCUAAGUGGAACCCUGCCAUCAGAGGUUGAUAACCUCAUAAACUUAGCUACAUUGGAUAUAUCUAUAAAUAACUUGUCUGGUGACAUUCCAAAUGGCCUGAGCAAAUGCACUAGCCUUGAAUUUUUACAUAUGGAGGGUAACUCUUUUCACGGGUCAAUUCCUGCAUCACUAAGGGCUUUGAAAGGCCUCCGGGUCUUUGAUCUUUCUCGCAACAACAUAACUGGACAAAUACCAGAAUUCUUGGGGCAAAUUGCUUUGACAAGCUUGAAUUUGUCGUUUAAUAAUUUUGAAGGUGAGGUGCCAAUCACAGGAGUUUUCACAAACGCAAGCGUUAUAUCAGUUGCUGGCAAUAGUAGAAUUUGUGGUGGUAUUUCUGAACUAAAGCUACCUAGAUGCGCCAUUAAAAAAUCAAAGGAAGUGAAGAUGUCUCUUGCACAUAUAUUAAUUAUCUCGGUAGCUUCUAUUCUUGUUGGGAUAACCUUGAUAUCAUCUUUCGUAUUUUGUUGGGUAAAGAAGAAAAGAAAAGCUCCAUCUACAGGAUCACAGAUGGAGGAACAAUUCUUAAGAGUAUCCUACCAAAGGCUCCUCAAAGCAACCAAUGGAUUUUCUCCAGACAAUUUGAUUGGUGCUGGUAGUUUUGGUUAUGUGUAUAAGGGAAUCUUUGAUCAAGAAGGAUCGACUGUUGCUGUAAAAGUAUUUAACCUUUUGCGCCAUGGAGCUUCCAAGAGUUUCAUGGCUGAGUGUGAGACCUUGAGAAAUAUUCGACAUAGAAAUCUUUUAAAGAUCAUAACGUCUUGCUCAAGUGUUGACUUUCAAGGAAAUGAUUUUAGAGCUCUGGUGUAUGAAUUCAUGCCUAAUGGUAGUCUAGAAAGACUCACAGAUACAUUUCAAAGCAGUUCGAAUGGAAUAAGAGGUACUAUUGGAUACACGGCUCCAGAGUAUGGUCUCGGAAGUGAAAUAUCUACCGACGGAGAUGUUUAUAGCUAUGGCAUCUGCUUAUUGGAGAUAAUGACAGGAAGGAGGCCAACUGAUGGUAUGUUUCGGGAUGGCAUUAAUCUUCAUAGCCUUGCUAGGAUGGCCAUACCAGAUAAUGUGAUGGAGAUCCUGGAUCAAGUGCUUCUAAAUAACAAUGAAGAAGAGGUAGAUGCGACAGAAAACAUGACCAGACAAUGUCAAAAUAGGGCAAACAAAAUGAAGGAGUUUAUGGUUUCGGUUGUGAAGAUUGGAGUGGCAUGCUCCAUGGAGUCACCACAAGAGCGGAUGGAUAUAAGUAAUGUUGUCCAUGAGUUGGAAUCUGUCAGGGACAAACUUUUACAGCACUAAUACUUAAAUUCUCCUGGGCAGUGUCGAAGAAGAACAAACAAAAUGAAGGAGUGUUUGGGUUUAGUUUUGAAGGUUAGCUUGGCAUGCUCUGUGAAGAUGAAUAUGAUCUACAGUCAGUCCUUGCAGAGGACCAGUCACCAGUGGUCUGGACCUUUGGGACAAUUGUGGCGAGGGUAGAACAAUAAAAACACAGCCGGUGGUACAAAAGAAUAUCAAUGGGCCUCCUCAAUCUAUGAUAGUACAGUGUAGUAUGGAAGUGAUAUCUCCUGUGUGUAAUCUUCUAGUCUGUGACGCUAUGGUUGAGUGGC